AUGGCUCUCAGCAAUCCACUCCAAAGCCAUGCAGACUGUAAAGAAGGAGAAGAGGCUGGCUGGAGAAUGUGCCAGCAAUUGACAGCAGAUCCAUCUCUUAAUAGCCGUCUCCAAAGCCGAGGUGGUGACUACCGCUUGGAGCUUAGUAUCUUACGGCUCCGGGAACCACCUCUAACCGUAGGCGUAGAUAGAUGGGUGGAUAUAUGGAAAGUGCAAAAUAUUUCGUCACUAGACUUACUUCUCACAAAAGAUGAUGGGCCAGAAUACAGACCAUUCAACGGGCUCGUUGGGAAGUGGUGA